CUUCCGGUAUCUGGUUUUGUGAUUUUACUCAGAUUGUUUCAAAGUUAAUAGGGUUGAUAUUGAAUCGAUGUUGGAACAACUAAUAUUUAAAAUUGUUAGAAACCAUCCAAACACAGACCAAGAGAGAACAUUCCCGCCAUACAUUUAGGAUGAUUGGUUCAACACACCGGAGUAUGCUGAAUUGAAGUUUACCUUCAUUGAUGUACGGUUAUAAACAUAUUAUGAAACAUUUUAGACUGGUAUGACCUUCACCAUUUCACUGUUGACCAUAACUUCCACCUGCCAGUUUAGUCAGGAAGCGAUACACAAUUCACGUAUAAGGACGACACGAGGUCGCACGCCAGCACUUUACAGAAAGAGACAGAAAUGAAAUCCUCUACAAGAAACACAAAGAGGACGAAACGACUAAGAACGAACGGAAAAUGGAAGAACAAGGAUAAAUAUUAUGCCAGUGAUAUCGAUACCGACUGGGAUAAAAAAGUUCAAAAGACCGAAGGACCGUCAAAGGUCAAGGCCAAGACCGGAGGAUCAGUUGAACCAAAAAAGAUUGGAAGAACGCGUAAAAUUGUGGCUGAAAUUGAAGAGGAAGUCCAAGGAUGUGUGGAUGUAGUUAAAUGUAUCAAAAAUGAUAUUUAUACUUGUGAUAUUUGUCAGAAAGUAUUUACAUCAAGUGUAGGUUUAAAAAGACACAAGCAUGGUCAUACUGCCAAACAGUAUGGGUGUGAUAUAUGUGGGAAGAUGUUUCGUCGCCAGAGCUCCUUACAUAAACACGGUGUCAUCCACUCCGAAGAUAGUCCGUAUAAGUGUCCAAUAUGUGGAAAAUAUUCAAAGUCCAAAGAACGAGCCACCUUACAUAUGAGAACGCAUUCUGGUGACAAACCCUAUCAGUGUGAUAUUUGUGAAAGACAUUUUACGCAAGUCGGGAAUUUAAGACUGCACAAAAAGAAUAUCCAUGCACCGGAAAGUGUCUUUAAAUGUGAUAUGUGUUUUAAAGAAUUCGAAAAUAACAAGGAGUUAAUUUCCCAUGUUUUAACUCAUAACAACGGUCAUAUUCUGAAAUGCUUCGAAUGUGGCAAGAUGUUCGGGAAAAAAGACCAUUUUGAGAAGCACAAGGAACUUCACACGGAAAGUCGACCAUUUAGUUGUGACAUUUGUGGGAAUACCUACAAGAAGAACUCGGAUUUGAAAUGUCACCUUGAAACUCAUGAUACGUCACAGGGCUAUAUCUGUGACGUAUGUGGACAGAGUUUCGGCUACAAGUCGUCGCUUAAAUAUCAUCUAAGGAUUCACACCGGUGCAAAGCCGUACAAGUGUGACAUCUGUGGGAAGGCAUUUCGGACAUCCUCCAACAGAAGUAAGCAUCAACUGAGUCAUACGGACUACAAACCGUUCAACUGUGACCAAUGUAGCAAGUCGUUCCGUGACAAUCGUUCAUUGGUUAUUCACAAACGCACACACUCUGGCAAUAGACCCUAUCAGUGCUCAACGUGCUUGAAAUCGUUCAUUGUGCAGUCCGAACUCAACAGACACCGUAAGAAAAAUCAUCUCGAUAUUGUAGAAUAUCGUAUGGACAACGAGAGUACCAUCACCAACAAAUCUCUGUCGAAACAUUCAAAGAACACCAAAUCUGACCAAACGGAGCCAUCCAUGGUAAAUAUGUAUGAUGAAAUGACACGUGAAUCUGCCCAUGCCGUCACAAAUGAUACAAUUGCGAUUCAUGAAAAAGAUUUACAUAUUAACGUCAGUUCAUUGGGAAAUGUGGUUCAGCAGUUUUCCAAAGAAAGUAUUACGGUUAGUUUGCCUCGAAUAUCCAUUGUAAAAUCAAGUCAUGUUCCAGUAGCCAAUCAUGCGGAAAGAAAUAGAGUUGAGAUAGACGACAAUAUGUCAGGCGAGUCGGACUUUACCAGCACCUGUCAAUAUGAUACGGCAGUAAACAUCCCCAAUGUGUAUGGAUAUGUAAGAGAUGUGCUCUUCACAGCAAAUGAAAUGACACGUGGAUGCGAUUCAGGACCUUCAUCAUAUGAACUACCAGCCAGUAGUUUAUGUCAGAUGGCUUCCCGUUCAGAUUGGACAAAUAGUCUGGGAGCAAAUGUGCAAUAUGGAGUGAAUGUCGUACAGCAGAUCAUGCAGUGUAAUACUACCACACAGUGUAAUACUACCUCACAGCUCCAACACUCGGGUAGAAACAAUGACAUCACACAGUGUAAUACUACCACACAGUGUAAUACUACCACACAGCUCCAACACUCGGGUAGAAACAAUGACAUCACACAGUGUAAUACUACCACACAGCUCCAACACUCGGGUAGAAACAAUGACAUCACACAGUGUAAUACUAUCACACAGUGUAAUACUGCCACACAGCUUCAACACUCGGGUAGAAACAAUGACAUCACACAGUGUAAUACUGCCACACAGCUUCAACACUCGGGUAGAAACAAUGACAUCACACAGUGUAAUACUACCACACAGCUCCAACACUCGGGUAGAAACAAUGACAUCACACAGUGUAAUACUACCACACAGCUCCAACACUCGGGUAGAAACAAUGACAUCACACAGUGUAAUACUAUCACACAGUGUAAUACUGCCACACAGCUUCAACACUCGGGUAGAAACAAUGACAUCACACAGUGUAAUACUGCCACACAGCUUCAACACUCGGGUAGAAACAAUGACAUCACACAGUGUAAUACUGCCACACAGCUCCAACACUCGGGUAGAAACAAUGACAUCACACAGUGUAAUACUACCACACAGCUCCAACACUCGGGUAGAAACAAUGACAUCACACAGUGUCAUACUGCCACACAGCUCCAACACUCGGGUAGAAACAAUGACAUCACACAGUGUAAUACUACCACACAGCUCCAACACUCGGGUAGAAACAAAGACAUCACACAGUGUGAUACUGCCACACAGCUCCAACACUCGGGUAUAAACAAUGACAUUACACAGUGUAAUACUACCACACAGCUCCAACACUCGGGUAGAAACAAUGACAUCACACAGUGUAAUACUACCACACAGUGUAAUACUACCACACAGUGUAAUACUACCACACAGCUCCAACACUCGGGUAGAAACAAUGACAUCACACAGUGUAAUACUACCACACAGUGUAAUACUACCACACAGCUCCAACACUCGAGUAGAAACAAUGACAUCACACAGUGUAAUACUACCACACAGCUCCAACACUCGGGUAGAAACAAUGACAUCACACAGUGUAAUACUACCACACAGCUCCAACACUCGGGUAGAAACAAUGACAUCACACAGUGUAAUACUACCACACAGUGUAAUACUACCACACAGCUCCAACACCCGAGUAGAAACAAUGACAUCACACAGUGUAAUACUACCACACAGCUCCAACACUCGGGUAGAAACAAUGAGACCACACAGUGUAAUACUACCACACAGCUCCAACACUCGGGUAGAAAUAAUGACAUUACACAGUGUAAUACUAUCACACAGUGUGAUACUACCACACAGCUCCAACACUCGGGUAGAAACAAUGACAUCACACAGUGUAAUACUACCACACAGCUUCAACACUCGGGUAUAAACAAUGAGGUCAUGGACCAGGGUUUGAAUCUUCAUACUAAUAGCUUAUCCCACGAUGCCCAAUAUUGUAAAGAUAACGUUAUAGACCAAGCGAUGAAUUGCAGUUCUGUAUCGAAAUGUGACAGUAUUUAUCAGACAGAAAUCAACUUACAACAUUUAGGCACAACGAUUACUACAUAUCAAAAUAACGUCGAAUCAAAUUUGGAUGGCAUAUCAAAGUUGCUCGGAAAUCUACCCAAUCAGGACUCUAAUUCAAGAGCUGACCCAUCUAUCGAAGACACACUGAAUGAAAGAGUUAGUUCAGCAGCAAUAUCUGGAAAGAGUUCUAUAAAUUUGGAUAUGUGUAAAUCGAUACAAGUGAGCAAUGCACUAGAUGACAGACCGACACACAAUUGUUCGCUAGACUGUUGUGUUUCUGAGAGUUUACCGGCAAACACAGGUGUAUUACCACGAGUGGAAGCGAAUAAGUGUAGUUAUGGUGGACAGAAGUCAUCAAGUGAUGUUGAUAGAAUUGUCAUCAACCAUGAUCAGUUCAAUAUGAAUGAAGAUACCGAUAUCGAAAACGAUGAUAUGGAAUUUAAAGACAAUGACUCUGGGAAUGAGAAGGGUGGUCCACAGGGGUCUCGCUCUGUGCAAUGGCGGAACAACAGUAAAGAGGUUCUACAAACGUCACAAGCUACACCACAUGAUGAGAAUGGUUGCCAGGAAAGUAAACUAGUCACCAAAACAAUUGUAAAACGUUUAAUUAAACAUCUCCCAAGCCGAGGUAGAGCUAGUGUUAAAUCCGAAAGAACAGCAGGGAAAAGACAACGAAAAUCCAUAUCUAAUUCAAAACUGUUUCAAUGUGAUUAUUGUGAUAAAUCUUAUAGUAACGCAACCUCGCUCAAAAGUCAUAAACGAGUCCAUGAAAACGCGAGUGAUUUGAAAUUCCCAGGCGACAUCGACAAACACAGUCUCGUAAGUAAACGUGUUUUCUCGCCUCGAACACACCCUAAACUAAAAAUUGAAAGCGCGGGAUUUGCCUGUACCAUAUGUAAUAAGCAGAUGCCGAACACACGAACACUACAACGACAUAUGAAGUCAAAGCAUCCAUCUGGCGGAAACAGCGCCGGAUGUAGUUGUGACACAUGCGGUAAAAGCUACCCUAGUAAAAUCAGUCUGCAGAGACAUGUUCGGAUUCAUAAUACGACGUCACAAAUUUGUCCAAUAUGUCACAAACAGUUCCAAAGACCGGCAUAUCUGAGGCGCCAUAUGCUGAUCCAUACGGACGAAAAUCCUUACCGAUGUCCGUAUUGUAGCAAAGAUUUUGCUUGUCAGAAUUUACUCAAACCACAUAUCAGGACACACACAGGAAACAAACCAUACCAAUGUGACGUAUGCGGCAUGAGGUUCACGCAGCAAACACAGCUCAUGAGCCACAAGAAGCAGCAUGCUCCAGAAAAGGCUUUCAAAUGUGACGACUGCGGUAUCGAGUUCGCUGACAACCGGGAACUUCUAUCACACAUCACCACGCAUGGACGGGAAGCAAACAAAUGCAACGUCUGCGGGAAAGUGUUUGGCAGGUUGGAACAUCUACAGAAACAUAUGGAGAUCCAUAGCAGUGAGCGACGAACACACCAAUGCAAGUAUUGUGAUAACACAUUUCUAAAUAAAAACGACCGCAGAAUACACGAAACCAUCCAUACUGGUGACAAGGCUUUCUCCUGCGAGUACUGUGGGAAACAGUUCCGUCAUAAAUCUGGACUAAACUACCAUAUUCGUACCCAUACGGGUGAGAAACCGUACUCGUGUAAGACGUGUGGCAAGUCCUUCCGAACUAACUCCUACCUACAUAAGCAUACAAUGUUUCACACCGGUUUCCGACCCUACAGGUGUGAUCAUUGUGUUAAAGGUUUCACGUGUAAAAAUGAUCUGGCUGUACACAUGAGAACUCACACCGGGGAAAAACCAUUCGCUUGCACGAUAUGUAGGAAAACGUUCAAAGAAAUGGCUACUAUGAAGAAGCACGUGAUGAAUAUACAUACUUGUUCUAUUUGUGGAAAUACAUUUAAUGACAGAUCAGACUUAAGUAUGCACAUUAUAUCACACCAAACCAUGAAUACUAUCAAUCAACGUUAAGUAUUUAUAAAAGAAAAUGCUACAUUUUGUAUGUAUACACAACGGGUAAAGACAACAAGAGCUUGCUACGAAUAUAAACCAACUUAUUUUUGCAGCGAUAUAGUUUCGCGUUCUCAUACGUAAGGACUUAUUCAGUCAUAAAGGCUGCAUGUAUCUGUGAUUGAAAUUAUUUCGCGAAAAUUAAUCGCACACCAUAUAAAUGGUUGAGGCAUAGCUCUUUUGGUAAGGAAGGUGAGAUAAAGAAAAGAAAAAACAUUUUUGUCGUUUUACUGUAUUAGUUUGGUUUGGUUUACUUUGCCUAACGUCCUAUUGGCAGCUAAGGCCAUUUGAGGACGGCCUCCGAUGCGUGCGACAUGCAUGUGUGUGGCGAGAGCGUAUGUGUGUUUUGGGAGGCUGCGGUAUGUUCGUGUUAAGUCUCCUUGUGAUAGGUUGGAACUUU